ACAUUUAUAUAAAGCUACAUAACUUAUUCAGACAUUGCCGAGUUGACCGACAAAUCGUCAAAGAUGUCGCUAAAAUUGUUUUUGUUCACGUUUUUAACUAUUCGAGUGGCAUGCGAGCAAAAGGCUAGUUUAGCGUUUGUGAUAGACAAUUCAGUGGUUUCAGCUGGUGACAUGUUAAAAGUGAAAUCUUACGCUAAAGAUAUGGUGAAUAUGAUUCUAAAUGAAGUUUUGAUUGAUGAUAUAUUAGUGAUCACCUUUAAUGAACCAGAGAUCACUAGAACUAUGACUCAAGACAUUCGUCUAGUCAGGAAGGCAUUCGACUUGAUAGACGUCAAAAGCGACAAUGUUGGCCCAGAGAUGGCGUUGUCAGGCAUCGUAAAAGGUCUGCAGGAGAGCCAGGAUGGCUCAUACCUGUACGUGUUUACACACUCUUCAGCCAAAGACUACGACAGGAUUGAGGAAGUCAAAAGACUGUGUCAAAGUAAGAAAAGCAAGAUCUUUUUCAUCCUAACCGAGGAUAGCCAAGCGAACAAUUCACAAAUGGAUGAUAUUUAUAACGAAAUAACAGUGGAGUGCGGCGGGGAACUUAUUCGGACAAACAACAGUACACUGGACAAGACCUUCCAGUACAUAAGGGAGAGCAUAAAGGUCGCCAAGAAUGUUAUAAAGUCUACACUACUGCCUUCAUCACGAAGAAUGGAGAUUAAAUUCAACAAACGCGAAUCCAACGAUUACGUGUUAGUUUCGGCCUCAGGAAAAGACGUCGAACUGAGGGUAUUCGACGAAAAAGGCAAUAGAAUUGGAAAUUACGUGGCCUGGUUGGAUAAUCUCAAGGCACUGAAACUAGAACAUUUGCCAAACGGCGAAAUCACUGUCAAAGCGAAAAGUAUGACCAACGGUCACUUGGCGGUCUUCGGGCACAUCCCAGUACAGCCAGUUAAGAACGAUCUGGACGAUACAAGACGCAAGCCACGGCGUUAUGGAUAUCAUUAUUUAACAUAGCCUUCACAAAUGACAAAUCCCUUUGCCACUGAAAUUUGAACCUAUAGUGUAGGAAGUAGAGU